UCUUCCUCUUUUGUAAGUCGCUUUGGAUAAAAGCGUCUGCCAAAUGAAUAAAUGUAAAUGUAAAUGUAAAUGUAAAUGUGUAUCGUCGGCAUAGCAGAGGAAACUUAUUCCACGAUUCCUGAUAAUAUCUCCUUGGAGAAGCAUAUACAAGGAGAAAAGCAGAGGCUCUAAAACUGAUCCCUGUGGCACUCCAUAUUUUACUUUUGUUUGGUUUGACAAUUUCUCAUUUACAUAGACAAAGUGGUAGCGGUCUGCUAAACAUGACCUAAACCAUGCUAAUAAUUCUCAACAUAAUUCUCUAGCCUAUUCAAGAGAAUGUUAUGAUCUAUUGUGACGAAUGCACCACUAAGAUCUAACAGCACUAGAAGAGAAAUGCAGCUGUGAUCAGAUGAUAAGAGCAAGUCAUUUUUAACUCUGAUAAGUAUAGUCUCUGUACUGUGAUGAGGCCUAAAUCCUGAUUGAAAUUCUUCAUAUAUACUAUAUCUCUAUAGAAAUUAACAUAUUUGGGAAGAUACUACUUUUUCUAGUGUUUUCAACAUAAACGGGAGAUUUGAAAUCGGUCUACACUGUAAAAAGUCGUUCAGUGCUAUUGUCCAUAUGACUUAAUUUUAAAAACUAUAUUUAUUCCAAUACAUUUAUUUAUUUUUCUUUCUUUGAUUUUUGAGUUAUCAAAAAGUAAAAAGUGUGAAUAUUUUCGUAACUUAAUAUUUUCUAUAAUAAAAUUAAUUUCAUUGGACUUCACCAUAAAUUGAUUUUACAAAACUUAUUUUAAAAGUUUUUAUUGGACGUGUCAGACGUAAAAAGAUACGACCCGCCCACCUGCAGCAACGGAAGAACAAGCCCGGGCAAAUCCUUCACUCUCGUCUGUUCCAGAAGUUUAUUCGAAGUCGAACUGGGUUUUCCACAGAGACGAUCAUUUAUACUUCCCGUACCUCAUAUGGAAUGGCACUGUAAAUUGUGCAGCACUGUGGUACCAGGAAAGAGCGACAUUUUAAAGCAUUAUAGACUGCAUCAUAGAACCUUUGGACACAGCCAUGCCUUGCCUUGUAUUCAUAUAGAUUGCCCAUGUUCAUUUAAAUCCUGGAGUUCCUUACGCUCUCACCUCUCAAGAUACCACCCAGAAGCUAAAUCCUUUAACUCACCACAAACAUGGAGCAAACUGUGAGAUUCCGGGUCCUCAUCGAUCAUGAAAUCAAGAAACUCACUCUCAGCAGUGGCAUACCCUCAACUGUGGACAAGUUGGUUGCAGCUGUCAAAGAACAUUUUUCCAUCCCCACAGAUAUAAGUCUUCAAUACAAAGAUGAAGAAUUUGAUGACUUCUUUACCCUAACAUCUACCAAUGAGCUGAAAGAUAAAUGCACACUUAAAGUUAUGUAUGCACCGCUGAAUUUGACACUGACAGUUGUUCCCCAGGAAAGCACCCCUGAUGCCUCUGAUGUCAGCUCUUUAUGUGAGAGUACGAGUCUCAGUGAGAACUCAGUGGAUACCGUCAUUCUGAGUCCCUCCCCCUCUGAAAGGCAGAGCCCAUGGCCUGCUGUGUUUCCCAUUCCAACCUUCUCACACAACACUGAACUGGUCUUAAGACAAGGAAACGAGAUUUAUUUAAGAGAUGGCACCCCAAUGACAUCACCAAGUGUCAAAUCAGACAUCUUGGAGCGCCUGGCAGAGGCCAUGUUUUCCUACACAGCUUACCACAAUGAUGCCCAGAGAUGUGCAGUGGCAGAGGCACUAGUUGCAAAGCAUCCCUGCUUAAAGGAGCCUGGAUCUUUUAAUGGAAUUUAUGGGUGGCAGCAAAACCUAAAGUAUAAGUGUGGAAACUACCGGACAAAACGGAAAGCACUUGGAAGCCCUGAACUCAUGAUAAACUCACUGAGAAACAAGUCAAAUGAUGAGCAAAAAGCUGCUAAAAAUGUAAAGAAACCAAAGAGGGCAGAGGUGAAUUACUUGCCCUCACACCUACAUGGUGAAACAGAUGACACCCUUGAGAAUCUAAGACUUGACCUAAUUGCUGCCCAUCAGACAAAGGACUCUGCCAGGAGCACAAAUGAUAUGAUGGCCAGGACAUACAGCUGGAGAAGACAGGAAGUGGUUGCCAAGUCUCCUAGUGUGGCAGAAUUUAAGGAAAGAUGGCCUGCCCUCUUCGGACCAUUCCAGGUAAACGAGGAAUUCCGAAGAUGUACUGCGGUUCCCCUGGAAGCAACGUUUAUGUCACAGCUAGACAAGCACACCCCAAAGCUCCUAGAGCUCUUUAGUGCCAAGGGAGGAGCAACUGGUCAACGCAUCAAUAACUUGUUGAUGGAACUGAUACAGGACCCAAGUGCCACUGCAGUGAAGAAGAGAGAUGUCACUCUGAGAUGCCUCUUUGAGUAUAUGGGAGAGAGUGGACAGGAGCUCAUCUUUGAUUACUGUGUAAGUAUUGUUCACGAGGACCUGAAAAUGAAGAAUAUGAGCAUCUAUGUCUGCCGUGAGCCAGAUGCAGUAGGAAUCAUCAUUGAGGGAAUACCAGUCCUUACCAAUCUGGGAAAUCUGGCCAAAGCAUGCUGCUUCCUGCUUGGGUUGACAUAUGCACUUAAUCUUGAGUAUCCAUCCAAGCUUUCCAAAACAUUUGAGGUGUUUCAAAGACUUUUUGUGGGACUUGACACGCUCCGCCCAAAACCAAGCCCGAAGUUCAUGACCCUGAAAAACAAGCUCCUUGCCUAGGAACUCAGACAUAACUCUGUCACUCUGCACUAGUGAACAGCUGUUUUCUUUGUCUGUUCAACAUGGUUAUACAUCGGACAUAACGUUGAAUCUUUCAGGAUAUUGUUAUGGUUUGUCCUUGUCAUGUUUUAUGCUAUGCUGCAGGUCAUACUUUCUGGUGUGAAAAAAAAAAUGUUUUUAUUUUAUACACACAAAAUAGACCUGCUGUGAAGCUGCACUUUAAAAACUGGUCAGUAGGUGAGAUCAGUGAGUUUGACUAAAGAUGUUUCAAAAUAUUCACACACACUGUGAAGGUAUUAUGCUAAGUUGAGGUCAGAUGUUCAUGUUUUUGACCUGUAAUAUUAGUGUUAAAAUUUUUCAAUAUUAUGUACACACACUGUACUGUAAAGGUGUUUUACAAACUUGAAAUUUACAAGCUGAGGUCAUGCUUUGUUUAAUGCAUGAAAACAGAUGUUCUUGAUUGUACUGUCCGGCUCAUUGCUACCGUUUGAAAAAGGCAUGUGAAUUGUUACAAAAUUGCCUGUUAACUUGAUAUUAAAAUGUUUUAAUAUUAUGUACACACAGUAAAAAACUAUACUGUGAAGGUGUUCUUCUAACCUGCACUUUAUAAUCUGAGGUCAUGCUUUACAGAUUGUUAUUGAUAGUUAACACUGUCCAGCUCAUUUUGAAUAUGGCUUGUGUAUUUUUACAAAAGUGCCUGUUGACUUCAUUUUAAAAUGUUAUAACAUACGUUAAAAACUGUACUUUGAAGGUGUUCCACACUAGUCUGCACUUUAUUUGCUGAGGGCACAUGUUAUUGAUUGUUUAUACUGUGUCCAGCUCAUUGCUACUGUUGUGGAUAUGGCAAUGAUUUAAUAAAUGUUGGAA